AAGCCACUGAGCGUGCCUGACAAAUAAAAGUAGCCAAUAGGCGUUGGAGUUGUGCUGUGAGCCCGCCUCUAUUGCGCAGCUCGUCUCUCAUUUUCCGGAAUUUCUAACUUGAACUCUACGAGUGGACGUCUUUUUGAAGAAAAAUGAGGUGUGGCCUUCUAACUCAGAAAAAGGAACCAGUGCCACUGAAAAGCAUUGCAGUGGAGAUCUCCAUUAGUGGCUUCAUCGCAGAUGUCUCCUCCACCCUCAGCUAUGAGAACACCGAGUCUAAUCCUGUGGAAGCUGUGUUUGUUUUCCCCAUGGAAGAUGGAUCGUCUGUAUAUGACUUCCAUGCAGAAAUUGGUGGAAAGCGUAUUGAGGCCGUAAUUAAGGAGAAACAAGAGGCAAGAGAUGACUAUGACGAUGCCAUAAGCAGUGGACAAGAAGCAUUUUUACUGGAAGAGAGUGAUGAGAGCCCAGAUGUGUUCAGCCUCAGUGUUGGCAGCCUACCUGCAGGUCAGACAGCUUCAGUUUCCCUGUCCUAUGUGACAGAGCUGCCUGUCCAGGCUGAUGACGCUCUUCGAUUCUGCCUGCCUACUGUGCUGUGUCCACGCUACACUCCACAAGGUACUACAUCUGUGACAACAGAAGUACCUCAUGUUCCUGUUGACUCCAUUCCCUACACCCUGUCUCUCACUUGUCAGCUGGUCUCACCCAAUGGAAUUUCAGAUGUGAAGUCCAACUCUGCACUGAUGCCUCUUGAGUACCUAAGUGAUGACAAGACAGAAGCAAAGGUGUCUCUGUCCUCAGGCUUCAAGUUUGAUCGUGAUGUUGAACUUUUGAUUUAUUAUAACCAGCCCCACCAGCCUAUGGCCGUUGUGGAAAAUGGUCAGUCUUCAACAGAAUCAGGCUCCUUAAUGGGAGACCCUGUCGUGAUGAUCAGCUUGUAUCCAGAUUUCUCUGGAUUAACAGAACAAUCGCUCUCCACUAAAGGCGAGUUCAUCUUUUUGAUGGAUCGGUCUGGCAGUAUGGAUUGCAAAAUGAAUGAAGAUCCAGACUCCCUCAUGCGCAUUGAGAGUGCUCGUGACACACUUUUGCUUCUCCUCAAGAGUCUACCAUUUGGCUGUUUCUUUAAUAUUUACGGUUUUGGUUCCCACUUUGAAUCCUUUUUCCCAGAGAGUGUUGAGUACACACAACAGACAAUGGAGUCUGCAGUGGAAAAAGUGAAAACCAUGCGUGCCAACUUUGGAGGAACUGAAAUUUUGGCACCCCUUCGUGACAUUUUUGGAAAAGCCUGCAAACCAGGAUACCCAAGACAGCUGCUUGUAUUUACUGAUGGUGAAGUUGGAAACACAAUUCAAGUUAUUGACGAAGUGAAGAAAAAUUCCUCCUCGCACAGAUGCUUCACAUUUGGGAUUGGAGAAGGUGCCUCUACAGCCCUUAUUAAAGGCAUGGCCAAGGCAGGGACUGGUCACUUUCAAUUUGUUUCCGGAAAAGACAGAAUGCAACUAAAAGUAAUGCAGAGCCUGCGGUUCGCUUUGCAACCUGCAGUCACCAAUAUUAGCCUUAACUGGCAUCUCCCAGGUGGAAUGGAGGUAGCCCCUAUAUCAGAAACACCUUUGGUGGUGUUCAAUGGCCAAAGAACUGUUCUGUAUGCACAACUCAAAGGCAAGGCUGAUGAGAAUGCAGCAGGACGUGCUUCUUUGCAUUACACCCUCUCUGACAAAGAGUACAAAACAGAAAUACAUUUUGGGCUAAAACAUGACAAACAUUGCAGGCUAACUGCUCACCGCCUGGCUGCAAAAUCAUUGAUGAAAGGAAUGGAAGAUAAAGAGAGACUUGGAAGUGAGGGUGGGGAUGAAAAUAUAAAAAAGAAAAUUAUAGAAAUUAGCACAGAGGCCAGAGUUAUCUCAACUCACACAGCUUUCAUUGCCAUCAACAAAGAAAAAAAUGAGGCUGUUCAGGGACCUAUGGUCAAGCGACGUAUUCCAUUAGGUGGUUUUAUGCCAAUGGCACUUUGUUCAGGAGCACCAGUGAUGAUGGCUUGUGCAAUGCCCAGACGUGCAAUGGCCCAUCCAUGUCCACCCCCACCUAUGCUGUUAGGACGUCCUAAAAUGAUGUUUAAGGCACAGUGUAAUUCUAUCACUGCUGAUAUGCCAGAAUUUGUUGAAAAGAAAAAAGAGAGAAUUGACCCCUUGUUAAAUCUGGUUUCCCUUCAAAAUGCUGAUGGGUCUUGGAAUCUAGAGAAAGGAUUGAUGACUUUAUUUAGUAAGACAGAAAAGGAUGUGCUGCAGAAAAUGCCAGUAGAGAUAAAGGACAAGUCGGUUUGGGCAACAUUUCUGGCACUGCUUUGGCUCCACGGUUUUAAUUCACAUCAAAAGGUUGAGUGGGAAUUUGUGGCUCUAAAAGCAGUUUCCUGGAUUAAAGCACAGACAGGCUUAAAUCCUAAAUUGUGCCUACAAGCUGGAAAUGACUUGCUGGGAUGUCAGGUGGACCUGCAAACACUGGCCCUGUAACCCUAAGACGCAAAACAUGAUUUUUGCAAGCAAAUGUGCAGAUGCAUUAUAUAUUAUGUUAAGAAUUUAGUGCUUCAAAGACUUGGCUUUCUAUUUCUGCUUCUUCCUGACUUGGCUAAAUGAAUCCCAGGAUUCCCACAAUAUCUGUUUCUGUAACAUCUUUACAAAUGUAUGCAAAUAUGGAGGUGAGCAUUGACACAAUAGAGCAAAAUUGCUAAGGCUCUUCAUGAA